AUGAUCCGCCAACCCUGGCGCGCAGCCAGCCGCCGGCUGCUGCUCCUCCCGCCGCAGCCCAGUCCCAGAUUCAGAUUCUCCUCCUCGACCGCAACCGCCGCCUCGCAGGAGCAGCCGUCCAUGACGCCCGCCGAGUCCGCCAUCGCCGACCUCCUCCGCGCCAAGCUCCAGCCCACCGAGCUCCUGGUGCGCGACGUCUCCGGCGGCUGCGGCAGCAUGUACGCCAUCGACAUCGCCUCCCCGGCCUUCAAGGGCGCCACCAUGCUCAAGCAGCAGCGCAUGGUCAACGCCGCCCUGGGCGACGUCAUGCGCGCCUGGCACGGCGUCCAGCUCAACACCCGGGUCUCCGAGUAA